AUGGAGGUAGCAAUAGCAGUGGGAUCUCUAAAGGUUGCAUACCAGUUUCUCGUCUUUGGCGUCAAGGUGGAUCAAGUCCCCUACGCCGUUCGCCGAUGCAUCGAGCUCGUCCGCACCUGCCACUACGACCUCGACGACCUCAUCAGACUCCGGAACGAGUCGCUGCCCAUGCUUGAGUCGAAACCCGCCAUUCUCGACCGUAUCGACACCAUCAUCAAACGUGCCCGCGCGAGUCUCUUCGAGGUAGCCCGGCUGGUGGAGAAGCUGCGGCCCGAGGCUCACGAAGGCAACACGCCAUUUACGAGCCGUCUGGAAUGGCUCUUCGUAAGCUCGCGCGAUUUCAAGAGUCAAGAGCCGCUUAUAUCCCGCCAACAUAGCUCCGUCAUCGCCGAGCUAAACUUCCUCCGCCAGCUAAUUCUCCUGGCGCCGCUGGUGGACGGCCCCAAGCCAGGUGGAUUGGUCGCCGCGAAGACCGACGCCCGGCCGACGGUGGUCUGGGAAAACGUCGCGCUUCUCGACGAGAUGCUAGGCGGCGGAAACAAGCAGGUUUCCCGCCCGACCGGUGGCCUCAGCACCGAAAGCCUUGCCUUCCAACCGCGCAUCUCCUACCUCCUAUUUAUCACCCUCUCCAAAACUUUCGAUCCCCUUCAGAUCAUGAGCUCGCAACCACCCUACUACGGCCAGCAGCCCCCACAGGGGUACGGUGCCCCGCCCCCGGGUGGCGUUCCUCCAACCGGGUACCCUCAAGGUUCUCCAAACCCGGGUGCGCCGUACCAGUAUCCGCCCUCCGGACAAGCUCCGGGCCAGGCCCCCUACCAGCAGCCCUAUCAACAGCCGUACGGGUACCAGGCCCCUCCCCCCGGGGCGCCGCCCGCCGGCCAGUAUCAGGCUCCACCGCCUGGACAGUACCCUCCUCAGGGAGCCCCGUAUGGGCAGCAGCCUCCUCCAACCGCUCCAUAUGGGCAACAACCCCCUCCGCCACCCGGCCAGUACGGCGCACAACCUGCGUAUGGCCAGCCCCCCGUGCCAUAUGGUCAGGCGCCACCACAGGGCUAUCCGCAAUGGCAGCAGCCGCCCCCAGGCGCACCCGGCUACGGAGCCCCGGCAGUGCCACACACGCCGGCGUCGCCGGGCUAUGAUCCCGCGCAAAAAGCUUGGGCCCAGCCCGUCAACACGGCCAACGACGCAGAGCAGCUCCGCAGAGCCAUGAAGGGCAUGGGCUGCGACGAGAAGGUGCUGAUCCGCGUCUUGACGAGCCCACAUUACUCCAACCCGUGGGCCAUGCUGCAGCUGGUGCAGGACUACAACACGCGCUUCAUCCGCAGCCUCGAGGAGGACAUCAAGAGCGAGACGCGCAGCGGGCUCGAGACGGCGCUCCUCGCGCUCCUGCGCGGGCCGCUCGGCCACGACGUGUACAUGCUCGACAAGGCGCUCAACCGCAUGGGUACCGACGAGGACACGCUCAUGGACGUGCUGCUGAACCGGUCCAACGCCGACAUCCGGGCCAUCGCGGCCGAGUACAAGCGCGUGACGCAGCGCGACCUGGUGGUCGACAUCAAGGGCGACGUCGACGACGCGCUGUUCCGGCUGUGCAGCAUGAUCCUGGCGGCGAACCGGGCCGAGGACGCGGCGCCCGUGCUGGCGUACGAGAUCGACGCCAAAGUGACGGAGCUGCAGCGGGCGACCGAGGGCAUGUUCGGGGCCAACGCCGUGUCGGUGGCGCAGAUCUUUGCCAGCAGCAACGCGGCGCAGAUCACCGCCAUGGCCGAGGCCUACCAGCGCAAGUACCACCGCUCGUUGCAGGAGGUCAUCGAGAAGGAGUUCCGCGGCGACAUGGAGGACGCGCUGCUGCGCAUGCUGACGGCCGCGCAAAACCGCGCCGCCUGGGAUGCGUUCCGCCUGCGCGAGGCGCUGACCAAGCGGAAGGACAGGCUCUUUAUAAACCGUGUUGUGAGCCUGUACUGGGACCAGGCGCGCCUGCAGGCGGCCAAGGAUGCCUACAAGAAGAAGUUCAAUGUCACUCUGGCCAAGGAGGUCAAGGACCUGCUCAAGGGUGAUAUGGAGGAUGUCAUUUUGGCGCUGAUACGGGAGAAGUGA